UUCUGCACGAAACCAAUGGACGUCUUGAAAGACUAAUCGUAGCUGUAAAGAUCGAAGGAUCCAUAAUUGUUAACCUUCGUUAACGAUAAGCCCUGGUUUGCCUCCGGAUGGGACCAGAAUAUCAACAACACACUACGAUGACAUCGGCGUUGUGCCGUCGUUUCGCCGUGAACUAGAAGGUCGUUCGAGCGACUUUCUAGAGGAUGAUCCGUGAAGGGAGAAGACUUAUCUGUCGUGAAGGGAGAGCGGCACAGAUCGGAAUGGCAGGGAGUAAAGGAACAGAAGAGGUGGUCACAGUGUGUCGGUGCUUAACGUCGAACCAACGACCGAACAAACGCGCCUUUCCCCAGUCUUUCAUGUCUCGAGGACCGGUUACCAUCGUUGACUCCGCUGUCGGCCUCGUGUUCCGUGUUUCAUUAUUCGUGAUCGGUUGUUUCCUGUGACUCUUGUUGACGGCGUUGAGGAUGAGGUUGGUUCCUCGUCGAACCGUUGGGUCUUAGUUUCUAGAGCCUGUUGGAGGGUUUUGGGGACCAAGAGCGAACCGGAAGUACCAUGCGGGUGUUCGACAACCUCUGCGCGCUGGGAUACAUCGCGUUCCUUUUGUUGCUUAUCGAGAGUGUACGGGACACCGAAAGCGGCAAAGUGUCGAAGAGGGCGAAACCAGUGGACCCAGACGCGGAGGACAGCCGCGACAACGAGGACUACUACUACGAGGACGUGGAAGAAAGAAAUAAUCCAACGAACGAGGCACCGGUUGUACCUCCUGGAUUUCUCAGCCCCUCUGUUCGCGAGUAUCUCGAUCUCGGGAAAUCGAUACCCGGUCGAGCAGGCACGGAUUAUCCAGUGCUUGGCAAAGUUCCCUACACGAAUUUCUACUGCGACGACCAGCCAUACCCAGGCUUCUUCGCGGACGUGGAAACGAGAUGCCAAGCGUGGCAUUACUGCGACAUAGAUGGCCGUCAGGCGACUUUUCUUUGCCCAAAUGGUACACAAUUCAGUCAAGCAGUGUUCGUCUGCGAUUGGUGGUUCAACGUCAGAUGUGAACUCAGUCCCAAGUUGUACGCCAUCAACAGUCGUCUUUAUGGCAGACCCACGGAGAGUCCAACGAGACCACAUAGACUCAUCACUAAGGAGCUUCUUGAAAAUAUCUUCGUUAGGCGGAAAUGAAGCUGAGAAGCGGAGGCUGCGUUCUCGUUCAUUGCCGACGCGACUGAUCGGUCGCAUCAUCGAUUCGUCUGGCAAAAAGGAAAGAAGAGGCUGCUCCAAGGUUUUGUUUCAUUGACGGAGAACCUGUCUGGAUGGACUUGUAUUUUCUUGGCAGAUAAGAUGAUCGUGUCGACCGUUUUGCGAAUAGUUGGAACUGGAGAGAAGUGGAUACACAGAAAUGCCUUGUUAGUUGAUUGGGGUUUGACGUCACAUCUGGCCAGUUAACCAGAAUAACAGUGUUACAAGAAACCCUAAGAAUGAUAGGAUUUCUUUAGAAUCUUUUUAGAAGAUGCACGAAUUCGUACGUGUGCCUCUGUUAUCCCAAAUAUAGUCGAACGUAACUUGGAAACGCGUCAUUCUUACAAUGAGUAUGUGCAAUCGUUUCUUUCUAUUCAGUAUAAAUUCAAAAAACUGUCGAAGAAGGAACAGUAGGACGCGAUACGGGGUCAAAUAAUAUAUUUCGUCGCUUCGUUAGUUGAUACUGUCCAGUUUUCACAUCGAAGUUAAUUAGUUGUAUGUAGUUCUAUGUGUUCAUAGAGCUAAAAUAAAAUGUAUCAAUAAGUGCACGUUCUUUUACACUUUCAUACAGAUAGAGCACACGAAUUUUCGUUAUUAAUUGACGAUCCUUUGUCACAUGUACAAGUCGGGUCAUGUAGCGUCACUCUUCUAAUUAUAACAAGGCAGUCCUGUAUUUCUUUUCGAUCUACCUAUGUAACAUUGUAUGAGUGAAUGACGGUGAAUGUUAGCGUAGAAUAUCGAUAUAGCAAUCGCGAAUGUCAUUAAUAUAGAGACGAAUAGUCGAAGUAAGAUUAAAAAGGAUACGAUAGAAUUUGUUCGAAGUGCCACUAGGUUGGUUUAUAGGAUAAGCUGUUCGAUGAAGAUUGAGGCGGAGUUUGU